AUGUCAAAACCAAUUUUCUCUUGAAAUACAAGUGAAGUGCUUUCCUCGAAUUUGAUUUUGUUGAAUUUUGUGUGAAUUUUCGAAAGAAAUAGUACUAACAUGGAUGCAUUCGGCGACGGAAACUUCGAGCAGCCCGAGCUUGAUCCGGCGGCCGAAUUUUUAGCUCGAGAACAGAAUGCCCUGGCUGGAUUGGAAGACGAAAUUCCACCGUUGCCCACUGGAGCUGGGGACGAUGACGUGACUCAAUCGAAAGCAGAAUUUACCGGAAGCUUUGAAAUGAUCAAUAACGACGUUGACGCUGGUGGAUUGCCGGAGUAUGCUGCGGCGGCUGCGUUGGACACUGACGUCAGGGUCAAACAGGAAGAAGAAGAUGGUAAUGAUGAUUUUUCAGGGUACACAGUACCAAAACAAGUCACAGAAGAACCGGAGAGAAUUCGCAAGUGGCGUGAAGAGCAGAAGACACGACUAGAGGAGAAGGACCGUGAAGAAGAACGCAAAAAAGAUGAACUACGCGAACAGGCCCGUAAGGAACUGGAGGAUUGGUACAAACACCACGAAGAGGCGAUCUCAAAGACGAAAGCUGCCAACAGGGAAUCGGCCAAAAACGCCGAAAAGCAGUUCGUGGCCGAAACGGACGAAAUCGAACCGGGCACCGAGUGGGAACGCAUCGCUAAGCUGUGCGAUUUCAACCCGAAGACGAACAAAUCCAGCAAGGACAUUUCGCGGAUGCGAUCAAUCAUACUGCAGCUGAAGCAGAACCCGAUCUCCGCCAGCAAAAAAGUUUAAUGAGGACGGUCGGUUGUCUUCGGACUGAAUCGUAUCUAGAAAUAUAUAUAAAUAUGACAGCGGCAACCGCAGCAGCCACUAUAAUAAGGUGUGCGUUUGAAGCGUAAAAGAAUUCACGUUACUACUCCGUAAGCAGACAGAAUAUAAUAUAUAGGCAAAUCGAUAUAACUAGUUGAAAACGCGGAUGAAGCUUGCUUUGCUCUACUUGAAAACUUUAUUAUUGAUUAUAUAGUAGCAUUACCGGCCAAAAACAGAAAAAAAAACCUUUGCUUGAGAGCGGCGUCAAUCGUUAGAUUAUUUGGUACGAAUAUAUAUUAAAUAUUUUUGCUGAAAUAUUGACUUUACCUUACGUUACUCAAUAAAAUUGCUCCUAUGAAUCACUAGAGUAUGAAGGUAGAUAAAUAUCUUGUUGUGUUUUUUCUGCUCUUGUAUUCAAUACACACUUCAGCAUUCCUUAUUCUCAUCACUCGACUAAAAUGUUACUAGUAUGAAAUUCAUGCUAUUUUAUCAGUGGAUUUAUUUGCUAACUAUUUCAUUGGACCGGAUGCAUUUACUGGCUCAUUAAAAUGGGGUUUCUUUUCUUCUUGGGGAAGAAACACAGUUCAAAGCGGUAUUUUAGCAUAGUGAAUAUGAUUUGUUUGAGUAGAAUCCCAAAUCCUGCUAAUGUUAGCAUACUAAAUAUUGGUAGAAGCAUUGCUAGUUGUAACUAAUCGCUAAUAGAAGGUAUAUGAAAAUUCUCAAAAUGUGACAGAGGAAAAAUAAAUUUCAGUGUGUUGAGAACAAUA